CAUGUCCCUGUUCCAGCUGUACAAAUCAGUAUCUUCAGUCCUCAAUCAGGAGACCCAACAAGAGACCUAUAAUGCAUCUCUGCGGACAGACACUCGGAAGGAGCUGAGAGAGCUGAUGCUGACGACUCUGUCUACUGUUAAUGUAACAUCAAUGCAGACUGCUCUUAAGAUGUCAGAGGUCCUAAAAGAGAUCACACACAGGAGUGAGGAGCUCUCCUCCUCAGCACAGGUAGAAGCCAGCAACACGCUAAAAGAUGUCAGUGAAUCCCUGCUUAGGGUGAACAUGGAGGACAGUGAGGAUGACCAGAAGCGGAAGGAAGCAGCCAGCUACCUAUUUAAUGCAGUUAGCAAUGUGCUGGAAGCGUCUGUCCAUAACAGGACUGGGGCUACAUCACCACCGGAGGCUGAAAAGAGUUUGGUGUCACACAAGCUGUUGAACACAGUUGAAAAUCUGCAGAGCGCCUUCCUGUUUGGGAAGCUACCAGACGAUGACCCUGUGGUUCUGGCUACUCCCUCUAUGGCAAUGUACAUAAACAGGUUACAGACAGACAGCAUGGAUGGUACAUCCAUUCGUGUCUCCAGUUACACCUCUGCCAGCUUUACUCUGCCAUCUGCCUCUUCCCUAAGUGUCUCAGGAGAUGAUGAUGACACUCUGGAUUUAAGGAUGGUGAGCUUUGCAGUGAAUCCCUUUGUAUCAAGUGAUACCAGCCUUGAAAUCACUGGAGCUGUGGGAGGCCUAAGUCUUACAAGCUCGAAUGGACUGGUCAUACCAGUCAAUGACCUUACUGAAAACAUUGAGAUAAUGCUACCAAGGCUUCCAGCAAUUCAGGAAGACAGGAGCCUUCUGAAUCUGGGCAAUUUUAGUGCUUUCCAAGUCAAUAUUACCUCUGAAAAUACAUCUCUAGUGGUCCACCUAGAACCUGAACAGGCUAUUCCACUCGUUCUCUACUUAGGAUAUGGCUAUUGUCCAAAUGAGACUAACUAUGAUAUGAAAACUCAUCUGCCCCAUACGAAAAUGACUGGAGAUAUGUCAAGUACCUGGGUUCUCAGCCCAGAAGAACUCACUUUUGGAGAAGGGACUUACUAUUUUUUGGUGAAACAAGACAUGGAAAUGGAUUCUGCAGCUGGUAGUGAUUUAACUGUAGCAGUCACUUGCUUUGUAUCCCAGUGCGUGUUCUGGGAUGAGCUUCAGGGGAACUGGAAUAGCUAUGGGUGCCAUGUAGGACCAAAAACAACCCCCAUCAGUACCCAGUGCCUUUGCAACCACCUCACUUUCUUUGGGAGCUCCUUCUUUGUCACACCCAAUGCCAUUGAUGUCAGCAAAACGGUAGAGCUGUUUGGCACUUUUGUGGACAACCCUGUGGUUGUGACGACUGUGGGCUGUAUCUUUUUGGUCUAUGUGCUAGUGCUUAUAUGGGCUCGAAGAAAAGACAUCCAGGAUAAUGCCAAGGUGAAGAUCACGGUGCUGGAGGACAAUGACCGUUUUGCUCAGUAUCGUUAUCUUGUGACAGUUUUUACCGGGCACCGUCGAGGGGCAGCCACAACUUCCAAGGUGACUCUCACCCUAUAUGGCCUGGAAGGAGAGAGUGAGCCCCAUCACCUAAUGGACCCAGACACAUUGGUCUUCGAGCGUGGUGGAGUGGAUGUUUUCCUGCUCUGUACUCUGUUCCCUCUUGGGGAACUGCAGCGUAUCAGGCUGUGGCAUGAUAAUUCAGGAAACAGCCCAUCCUGGUAUGUGAAUCGCGUGCUGGUCCAUGACCUGGCUCGGGAUCAGAAAUGGUAUUUUCUCUGCAACUCUUGGUUGGCCAUUGAUGUUGGGGAAUGUGUCCUGGACAAAGUAUUCCCAGUAGCUACUGAACAGGACAUGAAGCAAUUCAGUAACCUGUUCUUCAUGAAGACCUCAAAGGGCUUCCGCGAUGGACACAUCUGGUACUCAAUCUUCAGCCGUUCCCCACGGAGCUGCUUCACGCGAGCCCAGAGGGUAUCAUGCUGCUUCUCCCUGCUUCUCUGCACCAUGCUGACAAGCAUCAUGUUCUGGGGGGUGCCCAAGGAUCCAGCUGAGCAGAAGAUGGACCUAGGCAAAAUCGAGUUCACAUGGCAGGAGGUGAUGAUUGGCUUUGAGAGCUCCCUCCUCAUGUUCCCCAUCAACCUGCUCAUCGUGCAGAUCUUCAGGAACACCCGGCCCCGGCCAGCCCAGCAGCAGAAGGAGAAGAAACCAGGGAAAAGUGGUCGAGUGUCUCCUAGCCUUCCCCCACCACCUCAAGCCAUGCAGAGUAUCUCACUCACUCCAGAGGCUGUGAUAAAGGAUAUUAAGAGAAUUGCCAAUUCACUGUUCAAAACACUGAAGACUCCACUACCCUCUUCAGAAACAGUGCUGGGAAAAUCUGCUGACAUCAACCUGCUUUUGGCUUUGGUCGAGGAUAUCAUCUGCCAGCAGAACCAAGCUGGGCGAGAGUUUUACGACGAGAGUAAGAAGAAGGAUGAUCCUAUCAUCAUUACAUUAGGCUCUGUGGAUAUCCAAGAAAAAACAAGAAGUCCCACCCCAGAGAAAGGGAUGACGGACCGACUGAAACACAACGAUUAUAACCGCUACUUGUACAUGCAGCUCCAGCAUGUAGAGAUGGAGCUGGAAUUGCUGGAACCUUACAAAUUUCAGAAGCCUCAGAGUUACACCCAGGCUGUAAGGCAGGUCCAGCACAUGAAAAGCCUGCUAGAAAGUCAAAUCUGCUCUUCAGGCUCCAUCAAUGGCAAGAAAGUUUCCUCUUCCAAAGGGCUGCCAUGGUGGUUUGUUUUCAUAGGCUGGUUCCUUAUAGUUGCCACCAGUGGAGUGUCUGGUUUCUUCACCAUGCUCUAUGGGCUGCAUUACGGCAAGGAGAACUCAAUCAAGUGGCUGAUCUCCAUGGCCAUCUCCUUCUUUGAGAGCCUUUUCAUCACCCAACCCUUAAAAGUGCUAGGAUUUGCUGCUUUCUUUGCCCUGGUUCUGAAGAAGAUGGAACAGGAAGAUGAGGAGAACACAACCAUUGACGGAUCACUGUCUGCUCCAGGUGACUCAAAUCCUCUGUUUGGAGCCCGAAGGGACAGCAGAAGCAACAUCUACCAUCCCCCUCCCAUGACAGACAUUGAGAAAAUGAAGAGGAAUCACAUCAAGGAGCAGAAAGCCUUUGCCUUAAUCAGAGAGAUACUGGCUUACUUGGGAUUUCUAUGGAUGCUGUUGUUGGUUGCCUAUGGACAGCGGGAUCCCAAUUCCUACUACUUGAACAAGCACAUUGAGAACAGCUUUACAGAUGGGUUUCGGGAUGUCUACAGCUACCAGGACUUCUUCACAUGGGCAAGAACUACCUUAGUCAACAAUUUGUAUGGCUCAUAUCAAGGGUUCAUUACGGAUGGCAACUCCAAGUUGGUGGGUAGUGCCCGAAUCCGACAAGUUAGAGUGAAGGGGGACACCUGUCCCAUUGCUCCCAAGCUGCAGCAUUCAGUCCAAGAAUGCCAUGCUCCCUACUCUCUCCAGACAGAAGACACAUCAGACUAUGGAGAACGCUGGAACAUCUCAGCCUUUGAUAACUCCUCUGACUUCAGCUCUGCAUGGCAGUAUCAGAGCCAGUCCAAACUGAGAGGCCAUCCCAUCUGGGGCAAGGUUGCCAGCUACAGGGGAGGUGGAUAUGUGGUUCACUUGGGCACCGACCUUAAGAAUGCAACCAGAAUUCUCCAGUACCUCUUCAGCAACAUCUGGCUGGAUACCUUUACAAGAGCAGUGUUUAUUGAAUUUACAGUCUACAAUGCCAAUGUGAACCUGUUCUGCAUUAUUAGCUUGAUGUUUGAAACUAAUGCUUUAGGGGCAUUCUUCACACAUGCAGAGCUGCAAAGCAUCCGGCUGUAUCCAUACACAGAUAGCCUACACAUAUUUGUUGUUGCAGCAGAAGUUAUUUAUUUCCUAUUUGUUGUCUACUACAUGGUAACACAGGGAAAGCUCAUGAGGGCUCUGAAAUGGAGGUAUUUCUACAGCAAGUGGAACCUGCUAGAGCUGGCCAUUAUAUUGAUUAGUUGGAGUGCUCUAUCAGUGUUUGUGAACCGGACAAUCCUGGGGGCACGAGACAUCAGCUACUAUCAGGAGCACAAGGAUGAGUGUGUAAGCUUCAAUGAAACUGCCACAGCUGAUGCAGUGCUUGGCUACCUGAUUGCUUUCCUAGUACUUCUGUCUACAGUGAAACUGUGGCAUCUCCUGAGGCUCAACCCUAAACUCAACAUGAUCACUUCUACUCUGAAGAGGGCAUGGGGUGACAUCUCUGGAUUCAUCACAGUUAUUGCAAUCAUGUUCCUGGCUUACUCUAUCGCUACUAAUCUGAUAUUUGGUUGGAAGCUGCACUCUUACAAAACCCUCUUCGAUUCAGCAGAGACAAUGGUCAGCCUUCAGCUGGGAAUCUUCAACUAUGAGGAGGUCUUGGACUAUAAUCCAGUUUUGGGCUCCUUCUUAAUUGGAUCCUGCAUUAUUUUUAUGACAUUUGUGGUGCUGAACCUGUUCAUUUCAGUUAUAUUGGUUGCUUUUAGCGAAGAACAGAAAUAUUACCAGGCAUCAGAAGAGGAAGAGAUUGUUGAUCUAAUGCUGAUGAAACUUUUCAGUUUCCUUGGGAUUAAGCGCAAAAAAGAGCAGACAACCGAUAGUGAGGAACUGAAAGAACUUACCAGCACCUAACAAGGUUACUGAGCAAUUGCUUUAUGCAAAACCUCUUCCUUUAUCCAUUUUAACCAAUAGUUGCUGCAGUUGGACUUAGAUAUUGUGGCUCCUACAUAUAUUAUCCUUUUGAAGAAGUGUGGCACAAACAGAAGUACAUUUUGUGUUAUUUGAUGUUGUUACAUGAUAUUACCAGAGAACUAAUAGUAAAUCUAGAGUAAUGUGUCCAGUAGUGCAUACUUACUUUUUUUUCUGUAAAUCUACCAAUGUAUACUUAAUAAAUGCUAAUCAUUUAUUGCAAAGUUUUGCUGACACUACCGGUUUGUCAAUUGUGGAGCCAGCA